GUCACUGCCAUACACAGGACAGGACAGACUUAUCAGAGGAGGAAUGAAAAAAGACAAAAUCUGUCACAGGAAAAGACACAAAUUAGAAAGUUUAUUUCUUUCUGAACAGAGGUGGAUAAAUGAUUGCUGUACAUUUGAUGAAAAAGAAACAAAGCAUCUCAUCUGUUUACUUUUUUAAGCAACUAUAUGGAAUUAAAGUCAAUAUAGUUGGCUUUAAAUUAGACAAACUCAGAGUGAACCAGGGCAAUUUCACUUAUGGGAACAUCUGCGCUAACAAUGGAGGAGGAAGUGAAUAAAUGAUGGCGGACAUGACUGGGUCCAUCAUCCCAUCUGUUUCUGAUACUGCUGUCGCAAACUCUACCACUGCCCUGUCGGGGUCCAAUCCCACCGUCCCUGCUGAUGUCGGCGUCGUCACAAGCUCCCAAUCCCAAGUUAAGGACCUUUUCGGGUUGUUCUGCAUGGUGACGCUUAACCUCAUUGCUCUGCUGGCCAACACUGGUGUAAUGGUGGCUAUAGCUCGUGCUCCUCAUCUGAAGAAGUUUGCUUUUGCGUGUCACCUGUGUGCAGUAGACCUGCUAUGCGCCAUCCUCCUGAUGCCUUUGGGCAUUAUAUCCAGCUCUCCAUACUUCGGCACAGUGGUGUUCACUGUUCUGGAGUGCCAAGUUUACAUCUUUCUUAAUGUUUUCCUUAUCUGUCUUUCCAUUCUCACCAUCACUGCCAUCAGCUUGGAACGUUACUUCUACAUUGUCCACCCAAUGCUUUAUGAAGUCAAGAUGACCAUCAACCUUGCUAUUGGUGUAAUGGUCCUCAUCUGGGUUAAAUCACUCCUCUUAGCAGUGGUCACAUUGUUUGGAUGGCCAGCCUAUGGACCUCAGAGCUCCAUUGCCGCAGCUCACUGCUCUCUUCACGCAACCCACAGCCGUCUAAGAAGAGUAUUUGGUGUGCUUUUCUGCGUGAUUUGUUUCCUAGCCCCUGUAGUUGUCAUCUUUAGUGUUUACUGUGCUGUGUAUAAGGUUGCGCGGUCAGCAGCCUUACAGCAAGUCCCAGCCGUGGCAACAUGGGUCAAUACGUGCCCUGCUAAAGAUCGCUCUGACUCAAUCAACAGCCAAACUACCAUGAUCUCCACCAGCCGAACUCUACCUCAGAGACUGUCCCCAGAGAGGGCGUUUAGUGGAGGAAAAGCUGCGAUAACUUUGGUGUUUAUUGUGGGCCAGUUCUUGGUUUGUUGGUUGCCCUACUUCAUCUUCCAUGUUCAAAUGUCUCUCAGCGGCUCCAUGCAAAGCCCAGGGGACUUGGAAGAGGCGGUAACCUGGCUUGCUUACUCUUCAUUCGCAAUUAAUCCAUUCUUCUAUGGUCUCUUAAAUAGACAAAUCAGAGACGAGUUGGUCAAGUUUCGACGCUGUUGCCUGAACCAGCCAACAGAGGUUGGAGCGUCCAGUCAAGAGGCCUCAUUUCAGGAAAACUUCCUUCAGUUUAUUCAGAGAACUACAAGCACACUUGAAAGACGUUCAAGCUGUUCUAACUCCAGUCCAACAAACACUUUAGGCCAGUCCAACAUUAUUCCUGGACAAAUACCAGAGGAGCACGCAUAAAUCCUGGAAUACUGUGCUAACGAGAUACCUAAAUAACAAACAUUUAAAAUAUAAAUGGUCCACAACCAUUUGUAGGCCAGUUAUCCUGAACACAGGUGAAUAGCGCAAUUGUUUCUUGCAUUACUUUAAUAUGUUAAAUCUUUGAUUUCUGCUCUUGACUGAUGGAACUAUUUGCUGUUUCAGUUGAACCUUCACAUGCUCUCAUCAGGGUUUUAGAUGCUAUAUUAAUAUUGAUUGUUUCUUUUCUGUUUCCUAACUUUUUUAGGGUAAAAUUACUAAACCGACAACCAAAAAUUUUUCCUUAAAUCUGAUUGCACAAUAUCCAUUAUCAAUUAUGGUUUCAUCAUACAUAAGACUCAAAGUGUAUGUAUGCACAUACACUGUUAUUUGGAUACACGUCCUAUGACAAGUUUCCCCCUUUGAUGCCAUAAAAAAAUUUCUACAGAAAAACAUAUUUUAGAUAUUUUAUUGGCACAGCCUUGUCUUUGAAUGUAAUUUAUACUUUUAUAGUUGGUAUCAUGUGAGGCCCAUUUAAAAAACGUUAUGGUUAUUCGGAUUAAUUUCUUCAAAAAAUAGUUUUAAUUAUCUUUGGGAUGUUUGUCUUCUAAAACAACAAACUACCAACUUGUUAAUUACCAAAUUUAUUGUCAUGAACCCGUCUGGCACUGGCACUUAAUUGCAGACCUGCACCAUGAUGCUACCACAUAAUACUUUAGAGUUAAUAGUGUUUUUUAGUUUUAAAAUCCUAACCUUACGUUUUCCCAACAUACCUCUAAUGAUCGUGGUAAAUAGGGCAAAUAAUGUCUCUAAUGACUGGGAAAUGGUUUUCCAUGAAGCAAACUUCAGUCUUCAUG